AUGUGGGUGCUCGAGGCCAGCGGCGAGAUAUUGCGGGGGAAGCGCAUGUGGCUUAGGCCUGGCAAACAGUAUCUCUUUGGCCGUGUGAAGAAGGACGGUGUCCGUUUUGCCAUUGACCACAAGACCGUCUCGCGCAAACAUUUCAUUAUUGAUGUCUCCGAGGUGGCGGACGGGGAAGUUGGACAAGUACAUGCCCGAACCAAAAUCACAAUCAUUGAUCAGAACUCCAAGAGUGGCACUCGAGUCAAUGGAGAAGAGCUCAAGGGCAAGGACUUUAGGAGACGGGAGCUGAAAGAUGCAAAAAACUCUGUGAGACCUGGGACCCUGGACCAAGAGCUGUUGAUUACAUGGGUGCCCUGCGUGGUGACCUUCUACUUGCUCAAGAAGGAAAUCAAAGCUGGCGUGCUGCAGGCCAAACAGGAUUGGGUCAGAAAACUCGGCAUCAAAGCCAUUGCCGAUUUCUUGCCAGACCACACCACCCACGUCGUCUCCAGCAAACGAAAUACCGCAAAAGGUCUCCAAGGAUUAAUCAGCGGCAAAUGGCUUGUGGCGGAAUCUUUUAUUGAGGCGCUACAGCUACAAGCAACACCGACAACGCUGAGUCAAGACGAAAAUGAUUGCCAACUGGAGCUUGACUUCGAUGCAGCGUGGCCGCAAGAGACUGAGCACCUCCCUCCUCCAGGCAAGGAGCCCACUCUUCGACCGGCUGAAUCAUACCAGCCUGGACCAGACCGAGCGCAUAUCUUUGAAGAUUACACUUUUGUGUUCUGCGACCCGGCGCAAUACGACAAUCUCCUUCCAGUCAUUACUCUUGGUCAUGGCAAGGCUCUGCUCUUCAACAUCACCAUGGGCCAGACGACAGUUGAAGAGGCUCUCGAGUUCGUGACCAACGCAGCUGGUCAUAAGACGGCCGGGAGAAAUCAGGUUCAUUCUGGUGAGGGAGGUGUCAUAAUGCUCAAGUUCAACCACCAGCGCAUCGAUAGCGAAUGGGCACAGAACUUCGAGAGCCAGGUUGCUCUAAAGCUUGACCAGAGGAGUAUCGAUCAGUCCGAAUUUCUGGAUGCCAUUCUUGCCAAUAAUGCGGCUCUCUUGUGUCAACAAAUCGCCCUCGAGUCAUAUACAGAGGGAUUCAGAGCACCUCCGCCGUCAGCUGCCCCUUCUUUCGCCCCGGUUCAAGCACCUACGCUGAAUAGAGACACGAGCGCUGUAACGAACGGCGACCACAGUCAAGAUCCGGCUCGUCGUAGGAGUACUCAGACCCAAAACUCCGGGCGGCAGACGCAGCCUUCCGCGUCUACUCGCAAGACGCCAACACAGAAUCCGGUCCCUUCCCAAGAAGGCCAGGCUAUAGCGCAUGGUGCCCCAAAUGGGACCCCACAUGACUCGGCGCCUAAGGAGAGCCAGCCGCAACCAUCAAUGAAAAAGCCCAGCUAUCGACCGCCAACACAGAUCAAGUUCGAUGAUGAAUUCAAUCCUGACGAUGUGGUUGACUUCGACGAUGACGAUGAUGAUAUGCAGGUUGUCGAGGCAUCGCAGGUCGAAGACUCUGAGCCAGAAGCGACAACUGCUCCGCAGAAGGAGAACAUUCAGUCAUCCGCGAGAAAGCGUGGACGGUCGCCCAGCGCCAACCGCGAAGAUGUCUCUGCAGGCGGAGUGGAGGAUCUCCUGCCGGCCGCCAAUGCCAUGAAGCGACAACGUCGGGAAUUUGAACAAGAACGUCGGCGUAAGGGCGAAGUGGUCAAGCCAGCCACCAUGCAGGCCCCUUCUAAGCCACCCAGGAAGGAGCUUGAUGUUCGUGAGGCUAUGAAGCGCCAACGUGAGAGAGAAAAGUCACGUGCUGAUUUUGAGAAUAACGAAGAAGAAGAACGAUUACCACCUCCGGACCCUAAUGACAAGGAGCCGGCGAACCUGGCCGCGGUCGAACACAUGGACAUUCCCAUACGUCAGCGCUCGCUGCCCAGACGCCGAGGUAUCAACCCUGAAGACGACCCUCGAUGGGACGAGCGCUGGAAUGGUCUCAAGAAUUUCAAGCGGUUCAAGCCGCAAGAAAAAGACGCUGUCCGAAGACCCAACCAUGGCAAAGUUCUAGUUGAGCUGGUUCCAGUUGAACGCAAAACCGGUGGUAUGGGGCAGCAAUACUGGCCUAGGCCGGAGGAGGAGCGCGAACAGCAAAAGAAGAAGAAAAGAAGGGAGGAGAAACGUCGUGCCCAGGAGAGCCUCAGCCAGAGCCAAGGCGUCCGCGGCAGAACCACAAUCCAGAUCGACGAUGAGGAUGAGAACGAAGAUGAAGGGCGGUUCCGUCCAGGCCGGGGCAGGAAUUCCGGUCGCACUAGUCAGGUCGAGGGUGAGCGCAGCGACCAGGACGAUGGCGUGAAUCGUACGAGCCCUGCUACAGCUCGUCUGCAGGAAGAGGCGGCCGCCAUUGUCGACCAUGAUAUCGACAUCGACUCUCCUCGGCGGACUCGCAGAGAUGAAGCGCGUACUCAGACUCAGUCGACCGCUCAACCGUCAUCGAGGCCAUCGUCUGCUGCAGGUGCCACGAACCCAGCAGCGAGAGGUACAAAGCGGCCAGCAAGCUCAUCAACAGGUACCGCAGCGGGUACGAAGCGGCAGAAGAAGCUUUCGGUCACGCGGGAGGAUUCCGGUGAUGACAGUGACGACGGCAAAUUCAGAUUUGGCAAAGGCAAGGGGCGACGGGGUCGCACAUAG